CCCGCCCUCGCCCCGCCUACCCCAGCUCACGCGAAAGACGCCGCGCACCUGAGGCCGGAAGUGCUCGCGAGCCGGCGCGCGCGCUCUCGCGUUUCCUGGCGUCCCCGAGGUUUCCCCGAGCAACCGCGCCGCUGCGCGCUCACGUUACUUCCGGGAUUCCCGGGCCGGCGUUGCUCUGAGGCGGCUACGCGCGCGCUGCUCCAGCCGUUCCCCGCCCCGAGGCACGCUGGUCUCCCAGGGCCGCCCCAGCCAUGUGCUCGUUAGCGUCAGGCACUACCGGCGCCGCGGAGGAGGAGGACCCUCCAGGCCUGUCGGACAGCGGAGAUGAGGCCAGCUGGGAGGAUGAGGACGAUGCGGAUCUCCCCCACGCCGAGCAGCAGACCCCCUGCCUCUUCUGUGACAGGUUAUUUACAUCUGCUGAAGAAACAUUUUCACAUUGUAAGUCAGAGCAUCAAUUUAGUAUUGAUAACAUGGUUCAUAAACAUGGACUUGAAUUUUAUGGAUACAUUAAACUGAUAAAUUUUAUUAGACUUAAGAAUCCUACAGUUGAAUAUAUGAAUUCCAUAUACAACCCAGUGCCUUGGGAGAAAGAAGAAUAUUUAAAGCCAGUAUUAGAAGAUGACCUUUUACUUCAAUUUGAUGUAGAAGAUCUUUAUGAACCGCUGUCAGUCCCAUUCUCAUAUCCCAAUGGGCUCAGUGAAAAUGCAUCUCUUGUUGAAAAAUUGAAACACAUGGAAGCCAGGGCACUAGCUGCUGAAGCUGCAUUGGCUGGAGCACGUGAGGACCUGCAGAAAAUGAAACAAUUUGCUCAGGAUUUUGUGAUGAACGCAGAUGUCAGAGCCUGCCCGUCAUCUACCACUGCCAUUGCAGACCUCCCGGAGGAUGAGGAUGGUGUUUAUUUCAGCUCCUACGGGCAUUAUGGGAUACACGAAGAAAUGCUCAAGGACAAAGUACGAACAGAAAGUUACCGAGAUUUUAUAUACCAAAACCCACAUAUCUUCAAAGACAAGGUAGUUUUGGAUGUUGGUUGUGGAACUGGAAUUCUUUCUAUGUUUGCUGCUAAAGCAGGGGCAAAGAAGGUUCUUGGAGUUGAUCAGUCUGAAAUACUUUACCAGGCAAUGGAUAUCAUAAGAUUAAAUAAACUUGAAGAUACUAUUACACUAAUUAAAGGAAAAAUUGAAGAAGUUCGUCUUCCUGUAGAAAAAGUGGAUGUUAUUAUAUCUGAAUGGAUGGGCUAUUUUCUUCUCUUUGAGUCUAUGUUAGAUUCUGUCCUUUAUGCAAAGAACAAAUACUUGGCAAAAGGAGGAUCGGUCUACCCUGAUAUUUGCACUAUCAGCCUUGUGGCAGUAAGUGAUAUGAAUAAGCAUGCUGAUAGAAUUGCUUUUUGGGAUGACGUCUAUGGCUUCAACAUGUCCUGCAUGAAGAAAGCAGUCAUUCCAGAGGCUGUGGUGGAUAUUUUAGAUCCAAAGACACUUAUUUCAGAUGCCUUUAGUAUUAAGCAUAUAGAUUGUCAUACGACAUCUGUUUCAGAUUUGGAAUUUUCUUCAGAUUUUACCCUAAAAAUCACAGAGACAUCAUUGUGCACGGCAAUUGCUGGCUACUUCGAUAUAUAUUUUGAGAAGAAUUGCCACAACAAGGUUGUGUUUUCUACGGGCCCGCUGAGCACCAAAACACACUGGAAGCAAACAAUAUUUCUAUUGGAAAAGCCAUUUUCAGUUAAAGCAGGUGAAGCCUUGAAAGGAAAGAUCACAGUGCACAAGAAUAAGAAAGAUCCACGUUCUCUCAUUGUGACCCUCACAUUGAACAAUACAACUCAAACUUAUGGUCUCCAGUAAAAAGGCUACAAAAGCGCCAACUAAUCUGCAGCUUUUAUGGUCGGGGAGGGGCGGGCAGUAGGGGAGGAAGCUUAUGUGAACACAUGGAUGUUGAAUCUUUGAAUCUGGUAAUUUAGCUACAGAGGGAACUGAUCCUCGUGAUCCACCUCUGUAAUCACAUUCUUGAAAGUCUGGCCGGUGAGAUUUAACAAAAUAUAAUCCCUGCAUUGAGUUCAGCUGUAUUGAAAGUCAUUCAAAUUGGCCUAAAUUUGGAACAGAGGUAUAAUCUUUUGUUGUUUUUAAUAAUUUUCUUACUAUAAAUUUUAAACACUAGUAAUUGAUUGUUAUUUGGAUACUGUUUUAUGAAACUAGUAACUGUACACAAGGUAUUACACAUUUUAUUGAAAAUUUCCUUUCUAAGAAAUAGUUUUAAUUGUAUCUGCUAGAAUAUCAGGAUAUAAUAUAGAGCAAGUGUAAGGGACUAAAAUGUGGAAAAGAGACCACACAAACUGUAUUUGAAGACAGCUUAGUUGAUUGUUGUAUAUAAUUCUGUUCCCAUUUUUUAGCUGCUUCUCUCUUUGCAAAUAUUUUUCAGUCAUAUAGUUUUCUACUACUGCCCAGGAAAUCGUUUCAAUACAUUUGCCCUAGAUUUCAAAAAAAAAUUUAAAAGAUUGGUAUAUAUAUUGUAUUUAUUUGCUAAUACUUUUUUCAAACUAGUUUUAUGUACAAAGUUAAACAUGUAACUGUUAAUAUACUUUUAUCACUCUGUACAAUUGUGUCAUUUACAAUUAUUGACCCAGUUUGAAAUACAGAAAACAUUCAAAUAAACAUAUACAACAGCCAUUAAUAUUAUAAAGUGACAUUUCUACAUACCAAAGCCGUUUACAAAAUUAGAAACAUUUAAAACAAGUCCUAGCAAAGGAAUCGUUUUUAAGAAAAUAGGAAUUUUAAGAAGAGGUGGAUCGCAUGGUUCAUUUCCAUUCAUCAGCUGGUUCAUUUUCACAACAAGACACACACAAAGCAGCGUAGUGUUGUGUUGAGAAGCAUGAAUUCUGGAGCCAGUUCAAGCCUUGGCUGCAGCUGUUACUUGCUGUGUAAUCCUAGGUUCCUUAACCUCUCUCUCCCUCCAUAAAUGCGCCAAUUCAUGAGCUGAUACAUUUAAACUACUGAAAUGUAUACAUUUCAACUGAUACAUUUCAACAACUUAUAUGUGCCUGGCACAUAGAAAACACUUAGUCCCUGCUCAGUGAUAUCAUCAUCAGCAUACAGUCAAGGACCCCUUCCAAAGACUGUGGUGGCAUCUACAUUACAUCAGUUUGAGAAUUGUCAACCUUAUGAGAUACUACUGUAGUGUGUGAGUGAGUGGGAAGAUUACAAGAGAAUUUAAUAUUUAUUUAGCAAAAAAAUACAUCAAAAAGAAGCUGUCUUUUGGUCUUCAGUAGAAAACUGGAGUUCCAGCAAUAGGAAAAAUAGCCCCAUCAAACGAUGGUAUUUCAGACCUUAAUGUAAGUCUUCGUUCUUCGUAAGCAUGGUUUCUUUUUUCACUGAGCCAAACUAGUCAGCUUGUUUUCACCAUGGUUUGGAUUCCGGCCACUACUGGAAAUGUGUACUGUUGCUAAUACAGCUCAAAAUAUUUUAAAUUUCUAUCUGGGGUAUUUCAUAUAACAAUUUGAGUAAUGGGAUGAUGGAUCAAAAGUAAAAAGAUUCACCAUUAACUUAAAAAA